AAGAUGGAUGGAGUCACGACCAGAACGCUGAAACCUCCACAACACUGAAUAAAGUCGUAGCUGCGGGGAGGCGAGGCCCUUUUUACGACGGUACGGCCAUGGAGAGCCUGGUACAUUACAGCAACUCGUCCCACGCCCUGUCAUUGUUGGGGGUUCUCAAUGAGCAGCGGCUGCGGGGCCAUAUGUGUGAUGUGAUCCUGGUUGUGGCAGACCAGAAGUACCGGGCCCAUAAGAACGUUCUUGCUGCCAGCAGCGAGUAUUUCCAGACUCUCUUCACUCAGGUGGACGCCGAGUCACUGAAGGUCGUAAACCUGGACUUCUGUGAGCCAGACGCCUUCGAGAUAGUUUUGAACUACAUUUACUCCUCCUCACUCUUUGUGGACAAAGGCAGUCUGGCAGCCAUUCAAGAGCUGGGCUACAGUCUUGGAAUCCCUUUCCUCACAAAUAUUGUGUCAACAAGGCCAAAUGCAUCCUACUGUGUGUCCAGAAAAAGGCUUUCAUUCUCAGAGGGGGAUGAGAACGAUGUCCAGACAAGGAGCGUCAUUGUGUGUCGCGUCCAGAACAAUGCAUCCCACCCCGGUUUCUCAAAUUAUCAAGGAAAAACGUCAGAGAGAUCGUCUUCUCCGUCCACUCUAAGGGUUCUACUGCCAUCAGAAAACAAAUCGAACGAGUUGGUCAGAAACCUCGAAUCCAGCAGGAAAACUUCAAAACAGAGUGAAGCUUCUGAGAGGAAGUCCAGCCAUCCGUAUGCCACCAUACUGCAAGGGAACCCAUCACACAUGUCAUCUAUCAGGCCCCAGCUAACGUCCUCAGCCUCUUUCAGUGAUGCCGAAGUUCAUCACAUCAGACCACAGUCAGACAAAAAGGAGGAAAACGAGGAGCUGGAAUACCACUAUCAAAAUAAAGUGCCCUUCCAGAGUCAGUCCAGUGAGCUGAGCCAGACCACCGACAGGAGCGGCCCACUAAUUAAAAGCCUUCUCCGGAGAUCAUUAUCUAUGGACAGCCCCGUUCCAGUUUUCUCACCAACACUGGAGCUGAAGGAUCUGCAAAAUCGAGAACAGUCCGUGGUUAAAAUGGCCUCAAAGACUUCAGGAUCCCAAAAAUCGGCCCAAAACGGCAACUCCCCACGAGCCUCCCCUUUAGUUCUCAGGUCAAAGUUUCCCAGCAGGUACGAUGAAGAAACUCAGGUACAAGGAGACAUCAGCGUAAAAGCUGAGCCCAGCAGUCCACUAGCGGACCCCAUGGACAUUAUCCGGAUCACAGUCGGAGAUGCUUUACCAGUCAAUCUGAAAGACUUGCAAACAAAUUACUGCCAGGAGUCCAGGGCAGAGUGUAGUCCUGCAGGGAAAAGAAAAGACAGGUCUGACAACCGGAGGUAUCCGUUCAAGAAGAGCAAACUAUUCAAAGACCUCAACGUGUCCCCUAAUGCAAACAUGUCUGACUCUGCACCUCAGCAUGCCAGCAAUGACUCAAAUCAGAACAACGGGGAGCCACCGCAGAACAAGAUUUUCAAGUGUUGGAACUGUUUAAAGGUUUUCAGGUCCAGCACUGGACUCCAUCGACACGUAAAUAUGUACCACAACCCAGAAAAGCCGUACGCUUGUGAAAUCUGCCACAAGCGCUUUCAUACCAACUUCAAAGUGUGGACACAUUGUCAGACUCAGCAUGGUGUGGUCCAAAAUCCAGCGUCGUCCUCCAGCUCACCUGUCCUGGAUGAGAAAUUUCAAAAGAAGUUAAUAGAUAUUGUGCGAGAGCGAGAAAUAAAGAAAGCUUUGCUUUGGAAGCUGAAGAGAAACAAGCAGGGUUUGCAGCCUCCUUCACUUGUCAAAAAGAGACUGAGGUCCAAUUUCAUAUGUCCUUAUUGUGGGAAGGUCUUUGUCUUCCAGUCUCAGUACAGGCAGCAUUUAAGGAUACAUCCUGCUGAAAAGGCAGAGGAGGACACGGGGAGCCAAAGUGUCCUCUACCAGGAACAGGAUGAGCUCAUUCAUCAGAAGAACACAGAGACGGGUGUUUACUCCUGCAGGCUUUGCAACAUCAAGCUGUCAUCACUGUUGGAGCAGGGUGACCAUGAGAGGGGCUGUCGGCACUCCACUGUCUGUUCGUACUGUGGCCUCCGCUUCUCAGGUCCAAUGGUCAAGAAAGACCACGAAACCCAUUGUAAGUACAAGAAACUGACCUGUCUGGAAUGCAUGCGGACCUUCAAAUCCUCCUUCAGUAUAUGGCGCCACCAGGUGGAAGUCCACAACCAAAACAUGAUGACUGGUAAAAACCAGACCUGCCAGAAGCAACAAGAGAGCAGCGAAGAAGCGCCUGCAAUACUCCGAGAGGAGCCUUACAGCGAGGACUCUGCCCUAGGUGGCAGGUUCACCGAAAACAUCACUUACAGCGACUCCUCAGGUCCGGCCAUAUAUGACUCUGAAGAUUCCUCAUCCUAUGUGCCUGAGGACCUGAGCAUGGGUCGCCAUGGUAACCUGGUAGUGAAGGAGGAACCUUUAGAGGAGGCAGUGAGUGAAAGGGACAACACAGAGGCCACCAAAGUGGUACUCGAGGAACCUGGGGUGUGGCCAUGUGAAAAAUGUGGCAGUCUCUUCAGCUCUCGCAAAGACCUGGAGCGACACCAGGAGCUGCUGUGCCACAUCAAACCUUUCAUCUGCCACAUCUGCAGCAAAGCCUUCAGGACCAACUUCCGCCUUUGGAGCCACUUUCAGUCCCACAUGUCAACUGCCAGUGAACCUGGAGCCAAAGAAAUCGACAGGCAGCCGUCAUCCCAGUCUCCCUCCCCGCCGCUGACCCCUAAAUUCUCAGAACGUCCCUCCCCACAGGCCUCGGUGCUCACAUCUUCUCAGGCAGCACCCGUAGCAGCGGGGAUGGCGGAGGAGUCCAGCAGCCCGGAGCCCUGUGGCUCUUCAUCGAGCAAAACAAAAAGGCCUGAGCCAGAACCGGAACCUGAAGCCAGCAGCCGCGGCUCUCUGACCAGGUCAAACAGCACGGAGAGUCCAGGUGGCCCUCACGAGCCCGACACGCUCUUCUACCACGCGCCGUCUCUGUCCGCCCUGACAUUUAAAAGGCAGUACAUGUGCAAACUCUGCCACAGAACCUUCAAGUCUGCCUUCAGUUUGUGGAGCCACGAGCAGAGUCACAAUCACAUGUAGGCCUCAGACGGCUGCCGGCGGUGCUCCCCUGCACAGACGACACCUACUUUCACCACGAACACACAUCAGCCUACAAAAACAAGACUCUGAAUGUACAUUUGCUCGCCUUCAGUGGUAUAUUUUACAGUGGCCAUGUU